AUGGCAAAAACUCCGAAACAAGUCGGAUGUGUGUCGAGUUCCAAUGCCGAUACAGUUUUUUACGUUGGUAACUUUAAUUCAGCUUACAAAGAAUUACAAUCACCAAAAAACAUCGUAAAAACUCUUCUGCGUGGAAGGUCUUCGAAUGAAAGGCUUCUUAACAUUAAAGGAUAUACAGUUGGAACGCAGAUUGGCUGUGGUACGUUUGCUUCAGUCAAGUUAGCUUAUUGUACAGCAGAAGACCAGCUAGAAGAACUUGCUGUAAAAAUUGUGGCACGAGACAGAGCACCAAAAGAAUUCACGAAUAAAUUUUUUCCUCGUGAGUUAGAAAUAUUAAAAAAAUUAGACCACAGCAAUAUCAUCAAACUUCAUGCGAUAUAUCACUUGCCGGAAAAGACUUAUAUUUUCAUGGAGUUAGCCCGAAAAGGUGAUGUCAUUGAAUACAUUCAGGUUAAUGGACCUUCUUCAGAACAAUUAGCGAAAAGGUGGUUCCAUCAAAUUAUUCGAGCUUUGCGGUAUUGUCACCGUCUAGAAAUUGCUCACAGAGACUUAAAGUGUGAGAACAUAUUGCUGGAUGAUUCAUUAAAUGCUAAGCUUACAGAUUUCGGGUUUUCCAGAACAUGCUUCGACCCAACAACAAACCGGCGGAUUCUAAGCGAGACGUACUGUGGGAGUGCAGCCUAUGUGGCCCCAGAAGUUGUUCGAGCAGUACCAUAUAAUCCUAUGUUAUCUGAUCUUUGGAGUCUGGGAAUUUGCCUCUUUGUAAUUCUCAACAACUCUAUGCCUUUUGACGACUUUAAUCUAAAUAAAAUGCUCAGGGACCAGGAAAAGCGAAAUUGGAGACUGCGAUCGAAUAUUGAACCCACAUUAAGCAAUGACGUGAAACAAUUGUUACGAAAGUUAUUAGAACCAGAUGUCAUGAAGCGAAUUCCGCUUGACCAAAUAUUUGGACAUUCAUGGUUACAGACGUGA